GUCUCCCGUCUCCCUCCGGCUUCGGCUCCGGCGCAGCGGCGGCGGGCAGUUGCAGUGGUGCAAAAUGGCUGACCUCAGUCUUGCAGAUGCAUUAACAGAGCCACCUCCAGAAAUUGAGGAAGAGAUAAAACGGGACUUUAUUGCCACGCUGGAGGCAGAGGCCUUUGAUGAUGUUGUGGGAGAAACUGUUGGAAAAACAGACUAUAUUCCUCUCCUGGAUGUUGAUGAGAAAACCGGGAAUUCAGAAUCAAAGAAGAAACCAUGCUCAGAUACUAGCCAGGUUGAAGGUGCUCCCUCCAAGCCAGCAGGGCUAGCCAAUGGCGACCAUGGAAUAGAAGGGAAUGAAACUACGGGUUCUCCAACUCCAUUUCUUGAAGAGAAGAUGGCCUACGAGGGAUAUCAGAACAUCCAGAACUGGCCAGAAAAUACAAACUUUUGCUUUGAACCAGAACAGUUGGUGAAUCCUACCCAGACUGAUCCCUUUAAGAUGCACCAUGAUGAUGGCCUGGAGGAUUUUCUCUUUCUCCCCAGUGGAACAACCAAUACUUCAGGAUUUGCAGAACAAAAUGAUCCCCUGCAAGACAAUUAUGGUCUGUUUCCCUGUGACACCUUUGCUCCUGCAGCUGUCGUACCUCAGGGGUGGCCUGUGGAAGCCCCAAACUCUCCAUACUCGGAAUCCUUCAUUUUGCCAGAGGCCGUACCACAACCUCUGCAGCCCACAGCAGAGCUAGCCAAAGAGGUAGAAGUGACAUCAGCAGAAGAGAGGGCACCAGCAGAAGCAUUAGAAAUCAUGAUGGGACUGAAGACUGCUGACAUGGCACCAUCUAGAGAAACAGAGACGUCUCCAGCCAAGGACAUGGCGCCAGCCACAGAAACAGAGGUGGCCUUGGCUAAAGACAUGGAACCAUCCACCAAAUCAGAUGUGACACUGGCUGAGGACGUGGAAUCAUCUAUCAAAUCAGAUACAGUCAAGGACAUGGUACUACCCAGAGAAACAGAAGAAGCCCCAGUUAAGGGUGCUGUAUUGUCUGCAGAAACUGAUGUAUCUUUAGCCAAGGACAUGGUACUGCCCACAGAAACAGAGGUAGCCCCAGCCAAGGAUGUAUUACCAUUCAAAGAAACAGAGAGGGCCCCACCUGUAAGCCCUAUAAAAAUGGAUGUGUCCCCAGAUGAGGGCAUGGUACCACCUACAGACAGAGAGAUUGCCCCAGCCAAGGGUGUGGUAUCUCUCUCAGAAAGAGAAGUGGCACCGGCUAAGGAUAUUGUAUCAUCUACAGAAAUGUCCCCAGCCAAGGAGGUGGCCUUAUCCCCAGACACAGAGGUGGCCCUGACUGGGGACAUGGUGCUGCCUCCAGAAACCAAGGUGAUCUUGACCGAGGAUGUGGCACUGCUUCCAGAAACAGAGGUGGCCCCGGUCAAGGAUAUGGCUCCACACCCAGCUACAGAAAAGGCACCACUGAAGGAUGUGGCUCCAUCCCCAGAACCAGAGUUGGCCCUGGGCAAGGAUGUGCUUUCACCUACAGAAACAGAGAUGGCCCUGGGCGAGAAUGUGGCUGUGCCCCCAGAAACAGAAGUGACCCCGGUCAAGGAUGUGCCUCUGCCUCCAGAAACAGAGUUAGCCCUGGCUUCGGAUGUGGCUCCACCUCCUGGGACAGAGGUGACUCUGGCCAACAAUGUGAGUCCAGCCCAGGCUGCUGCAUUGCUCUCAGAAACAGAGGUGGCACAGGCUCCAGUUAAGGAUGUGCAUGCUGCAGGGACAUGGGAAGAAACAGAGGAGUCCCAGUUAAAAUCUCUCAAGAAUGAGAGGCAGUCAGCUGCAUCUACCUUGAUCAUGUCUCCAGAACCAGUCACAGCCGUGGGGCAGAAGUCCACCUUGCCAGCAGAUGAGGAUUCUGUGUUAGACAAACAAGAACAAAAGAAACCAUUCGGUAGUCAACCUUCUGAACUUCCUUCCGAGACCUCAGGAAUAAGUAAGCCAGAAGAAGGCCGGCCUGCGGGGAGUGUGACCGGAAAUGACAUCACCGCCCCUCCAAACAAGGAGCUCCCACCAAGCCCAGAGAAGAAAACAAAGCCUUUGGCCACCACUCAACCUGCAAAGACUUCAACAUCGAAAGCCAAAACUCAGCCCACUCCUCUCCCUAAGCAGUCGGCUCCCACCACCUUUGGUGGGUCGAAUAAAAAACCUAUGAGCCUCGCUGCAGGCUUAGUGCCGGCUGCCCCACCCAAACGCCCUGCUGCCGUCACUGCCAGGCCUUCCACCUUACCUGCAAAAGACGCAAAACCCAAGCCUGCUGCAGAGGCAAAGGUUCCUGAGAAACGAACCUCACCGUCCAAGCUGGCCUCUGCUCCAGCCCUCAAGCCUGGCUCCAAGAGCACCCAGACUGUUCCAAAAGCCUCAGCCGCUGCCAGUCCUGCCUCAGCUGGGCCAAGCAGUCGAAGCCCCCCAACGCCUGUGCCCAGGAGGCCCACCGCCAUCAAGACCGAGGGAAAACCUGCAGACAUGAAGAAGACAGCUACACAGUCUGCGCCAGCUGACUUGAGUCGCUCCAAGAGCACGUCCACCAGUUCCGUGAGGAAAAGCACCACUGUCCCUGGGGCCGCCCCCGCAGCAGGGGUGGCUCCCAGCCGAGCCAAGCCCACACCCACCCCGCCCCGGCCCUCUGGGACGCCUUCCUCAGACAAGAAGCCCACAUCAGUCAAGCCCAGCUCCUCUGCCCCGAGGCUGAGCCGCCCGUCUACCAACGCUUCUGCCCCUGAUCUGAAGAAUGUCCGCUCCAAGAUUGGCUCCACAGAAAACAUCAAACAUCAGCCUGGAGGAGGCCGGGCCAAAGUAGAGAAAAAAACAGAGGCAUCUGCUCCGGCUCGAAAGCCUGAACCUAACGCAGUCGCUAAAACAGCCGGUCCCAUUGCGAGUGUGCAGAAACCACCUGCUGGGAAAGUCCAGAUAGUCUCCAAAAAAGUGAGCUACAGCCAUAUUCAGUCCAAGUGUGGUUCCAAGGACAAUAUUAAGCAUGUCCCUGGAGGUGGUAAUGUUCAGAUUCAGAAUAAGAAGGUGGACAUCUCUAAGGUCUCCUCCAAGUGUGGGUCCAAGGCCAACAUCAAGCACAAACCUGGUGGAGGAGAUGUCAAGAUUGAAAGUCAGAAGUUGAACUUCAAGGAGAAGGCCCAGGCGAAGGUGGGAUCCCUCGAUAAUGUGGGCCACCUGCCUGCAGGAGGUGCCGUGAAGACUGAGGGCGGUGGCAGCGAGGCCCCUCCGUGUCCGGGCCCCCCCGCUGGGGAGGAGCCGGCCGUCCCUGAGCCAGCGCCCGAAGCUGGCGCCCCCACUUCAGCCAGUGGCCUCAGUGGCCACACCACCCUGGCAGGGGGUGGUGACCAAAGGGAGGCCCAGACCUUGGACAGCCAGAUCCAGGAGACAAGCAUCUAAUGAUGACAUUCUGGUCUCGUCUUCCGUCCCCUGUGUUCCCCCUCUUGUGUCCCUUGUUCCCCCCUCCCUUCCCUCCUCCCGUGUCACUGCAGAUUGAGACCUACAGGCUGACGUUCCGGGCAAACGCCAGGGCCCGCACCGACCACGGGGCUGACAUUGUCUCCCGCCCCCCCUACUUCCCUGGCGGCCCCAGCUCAGGCACCCGGGCCCUUGGCUCCCUCUCCCGGGCUGCGAUCUAGACCCCACAGGGCUUGGACGCUGGGCAGUCCUCCAGGCCCUCCCCUCCCCCGCCCUGCUUGUCCCGGGCAGCAGCAGACCCACCCCCACACCUCCACUGCUCCCCACCCUGGGCCUGCUCCUUGCUUUGUUCCUGUCCCAUCGUUGCGCACCGCUCUGCAGACGAGGUUGGGAGGUGAAUGGGCUGGGGAGGCCAACUUGGGAUCUUAUGGGAUCUAGGAGGGGGGGAACCGGAUUCCAACCUCCUCUUUGGGUUUUUUGGACCAAACCCAAGAGAAACUGACAUACCCACCCUCCUCGCUGGGCCCACUGGGAGAGAAGAGUGGAGCUGGACAGCCGCACGGUGGCGGGAUGCUGACUGCACCCCCCGGAGCCCGCUAAGCCACUGCCUCUCCCUGUGACCCUCUGUGGUGCCCACUGUGCAGGUGGGGCCAGGCACCUCUUGCUGCCCUGCCCCAAGUUAGUUAGGGGUCAGCUCUGACUGUCCUCACUGCUUCCCAUACCCGUCUAGCUGCUGUCACACUCUUUUCUUUUUUCUUUUUUUUUUUUUAAUAACCUAAAAACUGGCCGAGGAGUUUGGCAGGUUGAAGCCAUGUCUAAGUGAAAGUCCUCCGUAGGUGUUAAAGGAAACAGGGAGGGGAGAUCCUUAAACCUCCAGCCAGGAGGUCAGGCAUCAGGGGGCUGCCCUGGCCUGGGCAGCUUGGGGCCCCGGAGAAGGUGUGGGCACGGCAGGUGAGGUGCAGGGGCUGUGGCCUGGUGAGCAAGGAGGGCAUACUAGGGACUGGUCAGAGUGUGGUCUGGUUGUUCUGGUAUUUUGUGUGUAUGCUGCUUUUCUUUUCUAACCAAGAGGCUGGUUUUGGCAUCUCUAUCUGUCUCAUUCCCUGGGAUCUAGUGGGAGGUACAAGUUUGGGGCUGGAGAAACAGGGAAGGACUCUGGAGGUCAUAAUCCUCCAGACUGGCAGGCCUAGGACACCAGAGCCCUGUUACCAGGGAGCCUAAGAUGUCCAGACUCGUGGGGGAUGGGGAAUCAGGUAAGGAAAUUUCAAAAAGACAUGAGACAGGCCAUCUCCCCCACCCCUAACAGCCUGACUGGGGAAGGGGAGAGGCGAGGCCAGCCUGUGCAGGGGUGUCCCAGCUAGGCCCGGUCUUGGGACGGCUGCAAUGAUGAGAAAUCCCGGGAAUUGUAUUGACACGAAGAUUCUUAUUGCACUUGUAUUUUUUUUUUUUAUUAAAGUUUGCAUGGUUUCUAAUAAAGGAUUAAAAUGUAACAGUUUGUAGUGAAGUGGCCGGAAGUCUCCGAGGGCGUCUCCUCUGGAGGAGCAUUUCCUGCAGCGCAGACUUGGCCCUUGAGGCCGCCAGACUUGGUCCCUCGCCGCCCCACCCCGCCAUUGCGCCUGCUGUCCUCCUUCCUGGAGCCCAGGAGGAAGGGUUCUUGACAUUGGUUCCGAUCGGACCUCCAUGUAGAGGGCGGGCAUCUGGGCCAGCAGGUUCUCCCACUUCGGAGGUAGUAUUUCCCUUGGGGAGGUGGGACAUCACAUCCACAGCUUCCCGAGCUGCAGGGGGCUGGUGGAGAAAGCCUUCCCCGCACCAGACGCUAGAGUGCCAUGUGCCAAGGACAUCGGGACACCGUGUUUUGUCAGCAGGAGAGAGGGAUGGAAGGCAGCUGGGGAGGAAGUGGGGCAGCUGCAGGGCCGGAAAGUACCUGUGCCCUCCUCUUUAGCCCCGGGGCCACAGAUGCUGAGGCAGGUGACUGGCUCAGUCCGAGGGAAGGGCUGGGAGAGGUGAGCCUCGUGGGGAACGGUCUGUGUGGGCUGGCGUGGUCCCAGCUCCCUUGAAGCGUCCCCCAAGGCCAAGAAGGUGCCCUGACAGCAUGUGGGUGCAUUUCUGCACCUCCAGUUUGCUUCUGGCUCAGCCAUUGCCUGUGUCAAUCUGUGAUUCUGUUGUACUGAUCUCAAGAGUCAAUAAAGCUCAUGAAGUCCUA